CCAGUAUCCAACUUCUUUCAACUAUUUACUCGAUUGAUUAGUAACCACCAUCAUGGCUCCCGGACUCUCUACAGACCUUCCCAUCCACUCACACCCAUCGUCUGGGGAUGCGAAGAUCGACCAGCCACGAUAUCCCACGCCGUUGAAGCCCAGCGGCGCUCUGGACAAGUUCGCCUUUGAAGAAACCACCCCCGUCAUUGGCCGCGAGUAUCCCACCGUCAACAUCGUCGACGACCUGCUGAAUGCGCCCAAUUCCGAUGAACUGGUGCGCGACCUAGCCAUCACAAUCUCCCAACGCGGCGUCGUCUUCUUCCGCGCCCAAACCAACCUCACCGACGACCUCCAAAAGACCCUCGUCCAACGACUCGGCGAACUCACCGGCAAACCCGCCAGCUCGACCCUGCACAUCCACCCAGUCCUCAACAACACGAGCGAAUUCGGCGUCGCAGACGCCCAAAUCAGCACCAUCAGCUCCCUCGCCCGCAAGAAGAUGUUCAUCCACGAACGCCAACCCGACCAACGCCGCUACGACUCCGCCCAAUGGCACUCCGACAUCCAAUUCGAGCCCGCGCCCGCCGACUACACCUCCCUCCGACUGACCCAGCUCCCCAGCAGCGGCGGCGACACGCUCUGGGCGUCCGGAUACGAGAUCUAUGACCGCUUUUCCCGCAAAUACCAAGAAUUCUUCGAAGGAUUGACGGCGACGUUCGUGGGCGAUGGCUUCAUCAGAGCCGCGGAGAGGAACCCCACGGAAAUCAAACUGUACACGGACCCGCGAGGAAGUCCGUUGAAUGUCGGGGCGGAGUUAUCAGCCGUGCAUCCGGUUGUGCGUACGAAUCCGGUGACCGGGUGGAAGAGUAUUUUUGCGUUGGGACCGUUUCCGAAAUAUAUUAAUGGGUUGACUGCGAGUGAGUCGGAGGAGUUGUUGAGAAAGUUUAAAUCGGUGAUUACGGAGAAUCAUGAUCUCCAGGUGAGGUUUAAGUGGAGGAAUGAGCAUGAUAUUGCUAUUUGGGAUAACCGGUCAGUGUACCACAGCGCGACAUUCGAUUACGAGGGUCUUGGAGAACGAUUCGGACACCGCGCAGUUGGAAUCGGGGAGAGGCCUUAUCUGGACCCGAAUAGCCAGUCCAGGACGGAAGCACUGGCCGCGAAAGGGUUUUCGGAUUGAAUGAUUCAUGAUGCAUGAUUGCAUGGAGUAUAUAAUGCGAACUGAGUUUGUUUAUAGCAACUGCACAGGGCUCUGGGAGGCUCUAGCCUUCCGCCAGAUGUUGAUGAAUACGAC